UCUCUAUAAAUAACCUCAACUCUCUUACCUACCACGAGACCCCCAUGCCACAUUCCUGUCUUUCCAUGGCCAGUCGGCAGCGGAGGUUAUUAAAACAAAUCAGAAAACAAAGACGAGGCAAAACCCUGAGUCUGUGCUGUUGUAACAGCAGCUCCCACCACCACUGCUUCAGUGCAACAGCAUGAAGUCACUGCGCUUCCUUGCUGCCGAAGGCUUCGCGGAGUCGGGUUCAAGCGCUCUGGACAACCUCCACUCGGUGUCUUUCAACCUCUACCCGCUUCUCUUCAAGGCCUGCUACCUCCAUGAGCAGGCUGCACUGCUGCGUGCACUGGUCCAGACAUGGCCUCUUCCUGACAUCAAUCUACAAAGACUCCUGGGAAAGACACUCGACUGUCAGACGGACCUGACCUCUCGCACCUGUCGGCUUUGUCUGGAAGCGGUUCUGAUUGGCUUGAAGGAUUAUGUGUUGUCUCCUACAAGAACAUAUGCCAAGCGCCUGCAUACAGUGGACCUCACUGCACUAAAAGACACUCAGCACCAGGUGUGCCCCUGCCGGUCCACCCUAGGCCGCUGGGCACGAACCCAGCUCCUCACACAAAUGUGCUAUGAAACCAUGGUGGCCAUGCAAGCCAACGACGUGUCCCGAUCUGCCUUUGAAACGUCUGUUGAUGUUCGCCUCAAUGGCUUUGUCACGGGCCGCAAUUACGAGCUGGUAGCUCAGGCUUUCCUCCUCCUCCGCCACUGUCCACUCAAGCUUCGCUUUGUCAGUUUUCGGGCUGAUUCACUUGCUCUGAAGCAGCUCUUCUAUGUUCUUCGACUAGCAGAGCCUGAGUCCAUGAUAAAGUUGGAGGUGGUCCACAACGUUCCCCUGGAGGCCACACACCUGGAAGUACUGCUGUCCAGGGUAGAAUUCCCAAAACUGCAGUCUCUGACCCUGCCAGCCGGGGCUUUGGAUUAUAGAAGGCUGGGGUCGGAUGAUGAUGAUUCACUGGCCACCAUUGGCAAUCUGCUGGCACAGCUGAGGAGCCUCACCGAGCUCUGUGUUGGUUUCUCGACCCUCACUGGACACUUGCGCAGGCUGUUAUAUCCCCUCAGCACUCCACUGCAGUGCUUGGAGUUGGCUAACUGUUGCCUGAACCGAGUAGACAUGACGUACCUGGCCAACAGCCUCCACAGUGAAGCUCUGGUCCACCUGGACAUCAGUGGUCAUGACAUCUUCACAUCUUUUUCUGCAGCUUUUCAGAAAUUGCUCAGUCAUUGCUCAGCCACACUAAUCAGCCUGGUGGUGGAAGAAUGUAACAUAGAGGAUGGACACAUGGAUGACUUCAUUAGUUCUCUAGCUUCUUGUCAGGAUCUGGAGGAAGUCAAACUUCUGGGAAACCCUCUAACCUCUGAAGCUCUAAAGAGGCUAUUUUCCUUCUUGUCUGCAGGCUUUCCCAAGUUAAAGUACAUUGAGGUACCAGUUCCCCGGGAGUGUUACUCGGAGGAUGUUACUUAUCCCCUCGAUGAUUCAGACCUGCUGUCUUACAACAGGGAGCUGUUUCAUAAAAUCAGGGACCAGCUCAUGGGCAUUCUGGAAGGGGCUGGUAGGGGGAAUGUGGAGGUGUGCACCCCACUCAUGGGGGCCUAUGAUCCAGACAUAAAUGAAACUAGCAAUGAGCUGGGAGUGACGAUGCUGAAAUCUUUUAACAGUGUCAUUGGAAAUUUCAUAGGUACUAUAACAGAUGUAGACAACAGGCGAUCACAUUCUCAGAAAGAUAAUGAAUGAGAUUUAGAUAGAAAAGGGUCAAACUGUGGAAAUUAAACCUCACACAUGUGCAUGUGCUUCGUUA